CGAGUCAGUUGCAUCCGUGAAGUUGAGUGAGUGUGUACAGUGCGUCCCAGCCAACAGUUCCUUGUUUAUAAAUUUAACAGGUGUAGGUUUGCGAGCUCGUUUACACCAGAACAAGGAGCUGUGCUGUAUACGGUCAGUUGGGAAUUAAAACCCUUGGCCACUGUAUCAACAUGACGGACAGGCUCAAUUUCAGCGAUAAAAGUGAAUGCAUCUUGAUACAUAUUGGCCAAGCAGGUUGCCAAAUGGGGAAUGCAUGUUGGGAGUUGUUCUGUUUGGAACAUGACAUCACACCUGAUGGACGUAUGCUCUCUACCCCGGUCAUUGAAGAAGGGUACAACAACUACCAUUCCUUUUUCCACGAGGUUGGCUCUGGCCAACACGUCCCUCGGGCGAUCUUUGUUGAUCUGGAACCAACUGUAAUUGAUCAAAUUAGAAACGGACCAUACCGUCAACUGUUUCACCAAGACAAAAUGAUCACUGACAAGGAAGAUGCAGCAAACAACUAUGCUCGUGGAUUCUAUACGAAUGGCAAGAAAAUACUUAACAGAACUCUUGAAAGUAUUCGCAAACUGGUAGAUAAUUGCUCCAGUCUCCAAGGCUUUCUCAUCUUCCACUCACUAGGUGGUGGCACUGGAUCAGGUUUUACUGCAUUGUUAAUGGAAAGUUUAACAGUGGCUUAUGGUAAGAGGACCAAGCUGGAAUUCAUAGUCUGUCCUUCUCCUAUGAUGUCUACUGCAGUUGUAGAACCAUACAAUGCUGUCCUAACAACUCAUACAACUAUUGAAAAUGCAGAAUGUGUUUUUAUGGUCGAUAAUGAGGCCCUUUUUGAUAUCUGUACUAAUAUGCUUGGGGUUGAACGCUCCACUUACUUCAAUCUUAAUCGGCUUAUUGCCCAAGUUGUUGCCUCACUAACAGCUUCCUUGCGCUUUCCUGGUUCAUUAAAUGUAAAUUUAACAGAAUUUCAAACAAAUUUGGUCCCUUUUCCAAGGGUUCAUUUUCCACUCGUCAGCUAUGCCCCACUGCACCCAGCAGCGACAGCAGCUUUUGAGCGGCUGUCUGUUCCAGAGAUCACCAAAGCAUGCUUUGAACAUACCAACCAGAUGGUUAAGUGUGAACCGCAAUUCGGGAAGUAUAUGUCUUGCUGUCUGCUAUAUCGGGGUGAUGUAGAGCCCACUGAUGUGCAUGCAGCCAUUGCUGAAGUAAAGGCUCACCACACCAUAAACUUUGUUGAAUGGUGUCCAACUGGUUUCAAGGUAGGUACAAACUCCAUGCCACCUGUUGUAGUUCCAGGUGGGGAUUUAUCAAAAGUAGACCUUGCUGCAUGCUUGAUUUCAAAUACGACGGCAAUUGGUGAUGUUUGGGCUCAAAUAGAUCAUAAGUUUGAUUUGAUGUUUGCCAAACGUGCAUUCUUGCACUGGUUUAUGGCAGAGGGAAUGGAAGAUGAAGAAUUCAUGGAGGCCCGUGAUGAUCUAUCCGCACUUGAGGAGGAUUACAAAGAUUUAGCCGAAAAUACUUACAGUUUGGACCGAAAGAAUUACUCAACCAGUUAAACAGAGUACUCUACUGUACCAUCAUAAUUUCUGAGGGUUGGUAACCUCCACUCUGAAUGUUUUGGGCUGUUUUUAACCAAUCCUGCAAGAUUUUGUAUAUCUCUGGGGACCCAGUUUUUUAAUUUCAUUCAUCCAUCCCAGUUUUCAUUUGUUUUCCUGUUAGUGUAGCCUCUUCACUAUCCGCAAUAAGAGCAUUGCGCAUCAUCUGCUCCACACCAUAAUCUGCUAAGUGCCAAAAAAGAAAGUGGAGGAAAAUGGUCAGGGAGGAUAUGUGACAUACAAUAUUCUUAUCAGAGGACUCACCCACAUCUACAAGUUCCAAAUUGACUCUCUGUUGUACCCAGGAGACAGAGGAGAGAUUGGGAAUACAUUUCAUUGAUAUAUCGUUCUUAACGGGUUAAGGUCCGAAGCUCCUCAUAUAUGAUAUUACUAUACCAUUAACCUUUAAUCUCUUCAUCAUCACUUAUAACUUUUCUUAUUAAGAAUUCUGAAUAUAUAUUAUACAAUGUUGGAGAUAGAAACAGCCUUGUCUUACUCCUUGUCUACCUAUGAACCUAUUAGUAAGUUUAUUAUUUACUGACACUGCAUCCUCCUAUUGCCAGUAAAGAUUUUUUAGAAUUCUGAUACAGUAUCUCCUUCAUUAAUGCCUAUCUUUUCCAAGAUCUCUAUAAGUCUAUCUUAUUUAUUUUUUUAUUUGUCUAGUUCCUCUUAUAUCCGCUUAAGUUUUCCCCAGUCUCUUAAGUUACUGCAGUACUAUUUUUCUUUAUUUUUUGAAACUCUUUAAGUCAUAGUCAGUGUUUUAGAGGUUUUGAUCUUAUUGUCUUAAGGAAGAAUGUGCAUUUUCUUUUUUUUUCACUUUCUUAUGUUUUCUUUUCGGUGUUUUACACCAGGUUUUUAUUUUUUUUGCCAUAAAGUAGACUGUUCAUUGAUUCACUUAUGUUAAUUUCGAAUGUAAACAAAAAAAAAGGAAA